UCUGUUAAUAAUAUGAAAGUAACGACAAAAGAUGACGAUUCAAUGGACGACAGACAAUGGAAAAAACUAGCGUUGUAUUCGCGAUGUGCGUCGUGCAAUUGUGAUGGUUGGAGACAUAGUGUUAACUUGAAUACAGAUGCAGCUUAUGAGGGUGAUGAAAGUUGGAUGCGUAAUACACCUUUUAACGCAAAAUGUCGUCGAUGUACUCACUCACUCGGCAAGCAUGUAGAAAAUGUUCAAAAGAAAAAGGAACGCGAUAUAUGUGCAUUAUUGUCGUUGAUAUCGGAUGCAGAGAAUAUGCACAGACGUCUUAAAGGAGAUGAUAGUCCUGAAGUACUACAGGUGGUUUUGAUGCUUUUAAAUAUGUACAAAAAGGCAAUAUCCGCAGGACGUUGUAAAAAAUUCUUCGAAAGUCCAUUUGGCUCACCACCGUUCGAGCCAUUAUCAAUUGUGAAAAUUGUUUGUAAUUUUAUUGUGGUGAAACAUGAAGGCAAACGAAGAGAAAUUGAAACCGAAAUUGAAACCGCUUCAACAUUCUUACGAGCUCUGAAUGAAUGGUCAUUGCCAAUACCGAAUACAACUGAAUGUGUGGAAAGGGAAGAUUCACUAGAAUAUCGAAUAGUAUUCGCUCGUUGGUUAUUGUUUUGUUCAUUGCCUCAUGAAUAUAAAUCGUUGCAACGUUUCCAAUUGGUCAGUACAUUUGGAAGAAAAUUACUUCUGUUGUAUUUACCGAAAUUCAUCAGUGAAUUAGAACGAUGUAGAGGGACCGUUGAGGAUGGGUUGUUGAAUAAUGUUAUCGAAUUUGCAUCCACUCUACUUACGGCAUUGAUUCAAAAUGAUUCAAUAAGUUAUCCAAGAACUAAUUAUGCAUUACCAGAAGGCGUUCGCAGUCCAUCUGUUAAAUCUGGGCUUCCGAUCUGGAGCAUAUCCAAUGGUCAUCUUUCUGAAACGACUUCUGAAUGCUCUGAAGAAUCUGGUCGUGAUAAAAGCGACCAUUUAACGAUAUAUGAUGAUAUUGAUGACGAGACAAUGGAGCGUAUCAUUUUAAGAACUGAAAUUGCCGCACAGCAGUCACCUUCGCAGCCAUCCGGAGAUGAUUUAUUCGAAAUUGAUGUUGCUAGAACUGAAGCAUCACGUCGCGAGGAGGUGAUGGGUAUAACAUCAUUUCACAUAAUUUCGAAUCGUAUGGAAUUGGACCCAUGUCAAAGUCAAAUAAAACUUUCAUGGCUUCUUCAGCUACAGCGUUUGUUUAGUGCGCAACUACCUUGUAUGCCAAAAGAAUACAUCACACGGAUGGUAUUUGAUUAUCGACAUAAGAAUCUCGUCAUUGUUAAAAAUCAUCGUAUCGUCAUUGGUGGCAUUUGUUUCCGUCAGUUUCCUACUCAAGGUUUCUCUGAAAUUGUAUUCUGUGCUGUGAUGGCCAACGAACAGGUAAAAGGUUAUGGGACACAUAUGAUGAAUCGUUUGAAAGAUUAUCAUGUAGGCACAUGCCAGAUUUAUCAUUUCCUCACGUAUGCAGAUGAAUUUGCCAUUGGUUAUUUUAAAAAGCAAGGUUUUUCGGAGAACAUUACAAUAUCACGCGAGAAAUAUCAUGGUUUUAUAAAGGAUUAUGAAUCGGCCACAUUAAUGGGUUGUGAGCUACAUCCAAAGAUUGUAUAUACGGAUUUUUCGGUACAGUGCAAAAUGUUGAGAAAUUUGUUCAAAAGUGCGAUGAAAGAACGUCAAAUUCAUGACACAAAUAGAAAAUACGGCGGGAUUGAGCACAUCUUCCAACAACACCGUGGUGUGGAGCUGUCACCAUGUGAUGUCCCUGGCUUUGAACAUAUACCAGGAGGUCCUCCACCAAGUGAGGAUUUUGAAGUGAAAAUAAAAAGCAUAUUGAAUAAACUCAAAUCCGAUAAAUCGGCGUGGCCAUUUUUAAAGCCUGUUGAUGCAGCUGAAGUGAAAGAAUAUUAUGAUUAUAUUCCAUAUCCAAUUGAUUUCAAAACUAUCACUGAACGAUUCAAACAUAAGUAUUACGUUCAUGAACGGUUAUUUAUUGCCGAUAUACGUCGUAUGUUUAGUAAUUGCUUUAAAUUCAACGCAGUUGACACAUUGUAUUAUAAAGCUGGCUAUGAUCUCUGUGUUCUGGCCGAUUCAGUCAUUAGGUCAACUUUUCCUAAUUCGGAUAUAUUUCCGGAAAUUCCGACGGCGAAACCCGAAUGUUGA